CCGACACACUACUUUCCAUAGGCCGUGGAUUACAUACCCCAGCCCGGAUAUGAGUUUGACAUCUUGAUGGUGCCGUCACAGGCGUGAGGAAGCCUAACACUAGCUAGCGGCCGUACUGGUGCGGCUAUUUGUCAAGACCUGACAACAAGUGAAGGAGUUACCCUGAAAUCGUGCUGGAGUGUCUACAGAUCGAACGGGGGAGGCUGAGCGUGGCUGGGGAAGGCCCGAUCAAAGUGUUGUUAUCCUGGUUCAAUUUACGUCACUUGUUGGCAGAUAAAAGUAACAGGAGGACAGAGUUCUCUCACAAGUUGUCCGGCUUGGCACUUCAGAAGGUUUGGCUAAACCCCUGGGCAAUUUACAAGUAAGCCCUGAUCCACAUCAGGGUGAAGAUUUAGAUAACAACUGAUAAGCUCAUCAUUUUGGAAAGGCAAAUAAACAGCCACUGCAGAGCAGCUUAUAAAUACAGUGUUACAUUGUGAUUUCGGCAAGUCAUCCACAAACCAUUCAACAAGAGGUAACAGAGGACAUCAAACAUAAAAUAACAGAGGACAUCAAACAUAAAAUAACAGAGGACAUCAAACAUAAAAUAACAGAGGACAUCAAGCUUCAAGUAACAGGUGACAUCUAGCGUGAAGUAACAUAGGAGAUCUAGCCCAAAGUAAAAGAGGAACAUCUGGCGGGAAGUAACAGAGGACAUCUGGCGUAAAGUAACAGAGGACAUCUGGCGUAAAGUAACAGAGGACAUAUAGUGUGAAUUAACAGAGCACAUAUAGCACAAAUUAGAAGAGGACAUCUGCAGUGAAGUAACAGAGGACAUCUAGCACAAGGUACCCAGCGAGGAUGGCGCUGCUACUGACGUUCCUUGUUGCAGGUCUGCUCUCGGCUGUUUCAUGCCAACAGAAGUGUUUACGAGGGAACCACCACAAGCCUUUGCCAAGCGCUGAGCCCGACCUCAUGGAGUGCACUCUCUACUCUGAAUCUUCCUGUUGCCGUCGUAACCUGACAGAGAAACUCUCUCACUCUCUCACUGAAUUGGAUAAUUUUUACUGGAACAGAUGCGGAAACCUCAGCAAAUCGUGUGAAGACUAUCUGAAGAAGAUAGAGUGUUUCUAUCAAUGCUCUCCAUCUGUCGCUCACUGGGCUCACCCCAAUAUAUCUGUCGCUAUCCAGCGUGUUCCUCUUUGCCAGUCCUUCUGCGAUAACUGGUAUAAUGCUUGUCGGUCUGACAUGUGGUGCGCCUACAACUGGCUGACUGACUGGACCUUCGAUGAUACUGGAAACCACUGUAAAAACAUCUGUAUCCCCUUCCAUGAGAUGUACGCUAACGGCAUCGAUGUCUGCCAGCACAUGUGGGGCAACUCAUUUGCGGUCAGUUCGUCCCCGUGCCGCUGCCUGGACAUGACGGAGACAGAUAGGAAUGUGAUGAAGUACAUACUAGAGGGGGACGACAAGUCAGAGGAGAGUGGUGAAGAGGAAGCCUGCAAGCCCAGACUGCACAGAAGCCAGGAACCUGAUGACAAACAAGUGAAUGACUGAGAGUAAUGAGCAACGUACACUACUGGGGGCUAUGUGCAGCCACCUCAGCCUCCAGGGUGACUGAUAUAUAGCUUUGUUAAUUUUACUGAAUCUCUGAUGAAUAAAGUUGCCCCCUUACCCUUUAGCAAGUGGAUCUCUUUAAACCCUUAGUUACCAAACAAGGCUGCAACAAAUUGGUGUGAAAUGUGUUGUGGCCCUCUGUGGCAGCUGUACGGUUAAAGCUUUUAGCUCUGACUGCAUGUUGUACUAGCUCAUUAGCUGCUCACUAGCACAGAGAGUAACCAGUCUCUCUUGUGUCUCACAAGAAACUCCAGUCGUGGUUCCUCUCAAUAACAUCUCUAAGUCUGUGCUCUGACUGCUUGUGUCUUUGCAGUAAGAUGUCUGUUGGGAUAAUCCAAUAUGCAAAAUGAGAGAAAACCCUCACACAGGUAAUAUACUCACCAGGGUUUGUUAAGGCUCACUCAUAAUAAAUCACUGAACUCGCAGAGGCAGACCCUUUUUGUGCUCAUUAAAAAAAGACCGAACCAUUUACUCCUCAGAGAGGCAUCUCAUAAAGUGAAAAAAAAUCUAUAAAAAGCAGCUCUUUGCAUAGGAUUAAGAUGUAACAAUGCACUGCUAAAACUUGUGUGUGUGUGUAAGUGAUUACAAAAUAAAAUGUGUUUCUGUCGCUUCCA